AUGCGGCCGCCGACCCACAAGGCUGGGCAGGGACGGGCAAUCCGGGGAGCCAACAAGGAGGGGAUGGCGGCGUGGGGAGCUGCGGAAAACCAAGCCGAACCUCUAGCUCUCCGCCCCUCCCGGUGCGGACUUUAUGGGCGCCCCGCGCCCCGGGGACCCAGAUCGUUUCCCUCUGGAAUCCGGCAGAUUCCCGGGGAGGGAGGGAAAGGGGAGGCCGCGGGGCGAUCAGGGGGGUCCGAGCCCGCUCAGUCCCGCCAUGGCCCCCCGAGGGGGCCGGCACCCACAGGCUCGGCCCCCCGGCCCGCGGCGGGCGGGAGGGCGGCGGGAGGGCGGCUUUCCCCGGAGAGGCUGGCGGAGCCGCCGACCGCUCGCCCGGCCUCCUUCGGCCCGACUGGCGGAGAGCCCAAAGCCGCCCCCGCGCUAAACCCGGUCCGCCCCGCGAUCGGCCAGCGCCACCCCGCGCUAAACCAGCACCGCCCCGCGCUCAGUCGGCGCCACCCCGCGCUCAGCCAGCGCCACCCUGCGCAAAACCAGGCCCGCCCCGCGCUCAGUCGGCGCCACCCCGCAAUCAGCCCGGACCGCCCUCGCGCUGAAGCACCGCCCCGCGCUAAACGAGGCCCGCCCCGCGCUCGGCCCGCCCCGCGCUCGGUCGGCGCCACCCCGCAAUCAGCCCGGACCGCCCCCGCGCUCGGCCAGCACCACCCCGCGCUAAACGAGGCCCGCCUCGUGCUAAACCAAGUCCGCCCCGCGCUCAGUCGACACCACCCCGCAAUGAGCCCGGACCGCCCCCGCGCUCAGCCAGCGCCACCCCGCGCUAAACCAGCACCGCCCCGCGCUCAUCAGCACCACCCCGCGCUAAACCAGCACCGCCCCGCGCUCAGUCAGGCCCGCCCCGUGCUAAGUCAGCACCGCCCCGCGCUCAGUCAGGCCCGCCCCGCGCUAAACGAGGCCCGCCCCGCGCUCAGUCGGCACCGCCCCGCGCUCAGUCGGCGCCACCCCGCAAUCAGCCCGGACCGCCCCCGCGCUCGGCCAGCACCACCUCGCGCUAAACGAGGCCCGCCCCGCGUUCAGUCGGCACCACCCCGCAAUCAGCCCGGACCGCCCCCGCGCUCAGCCAGCGCCACCCCGCGCUCGGCCAGCACCACCUCGCUCAGGCCCGCCCCGCAACGAGCCCGGACCGCCCCCGCGCUCGCCCAGCACCACCCCGCGCUAAACCAGGACCGCCCCGCGCUAAACCAGGCCCGCCUCGCGCUCAGUCGGCGCCACCCCGCGCUCAGCCAGCGCCACCCUGCGCAAAACCCGGACCACCCCGCGCUAAACCAGGCCCGCCCCACGUCCGCCCCGCGCUCAGUCGGCACCACCCCGCAAUCAGCCAGGACCGCCCCCGCGCUCAGUCAGCGCCACCCCGCGCUAAACGAGGCCCGCCCCGCGCUCAGUCGGCGCCACCCCGCGCUCAGCCAGCGCCACCCUGCGCAAAACCAGGACCACCCCGCGCUAAACCAGGCCCGCCCCGCGCUCAGUCGGCACCACCCCGCAAUCAGCCCGGACCCCGCCCCGCGCUCAGUCGGCACCACCCCGCAAUCAGCCCGGACCGCCCCCGCGCUCAGUCAGCGCCACCCCGCGCUAAACGAGGCCCGCCCCGCGCUCAGCCAGCACCACCCUGCAUUAAACCAGGACCACCCCGUGCUAAACCAGGCCCGCCCCGUGCUAAACCAGGACCGCCCCGCAAUCAUCGGCACCACCCCGCAAUCAGCCCGGACCGCCCCCGCGCUCAAGCACCACCCCGCGCUAAACGAGGCCCGCCCCGCGCUAAACGAGGCCCGCCCCGCGCUGAGUCGGCGCCACCCGCAAUCAGCCCUGGCCGCCCCCGCGCUCAGCCAGCACCACCCCGCGCUAAACGAGGCCCGCCCCGUGCUGAACCCGGUCCACCCCGCGCUCAGACCUCCCCGCGCUCAGCCAGCGCCACCCCGCGUUCAGCCAGCACGGCCCGCGCUAAACCAGGCCCGCCCCGCGCUCAGCCAGCACGGCCCCGCGCUAAACCAGGCCUGCCCCGAGCUCAGCCAGCACGGGCCCGCGCUAAACCAGGCCCGCCCCGUGCUCAGCCAGCACGGCCCCGCGCUAAACCAGGCCCGCCCCGUGCUCAGCCAGCACGGGCCCGCGCUAAACCAGGCCCGCCCCGUGCUCAGCCAGCACGGCCCCGCGCUAAACCAGGCCCGCCCCGUGCUCAGCCAGCACGGCCCCGCGCUAAACCAGGCCCGCCCCGCGCUCAGCCAGCACCUACCGGCGCUAAACCAGCACAGCCCCGCGCUAAACCAGAUCCGCCCCGCGCUCAGCCAGCACGGUCCUGCGCUCCGGCCCGCCCCGCGCACAGUCAGGACAGCCCCUUGCUGUCAGGCCCGCCCCGCGCUAAACCAGGACCAUCCCGCGCUCAGCCAACACCGCCCUGCGUUCCGCCAGCACCGCCCCGCGCUCAACCUGAUCCGCCCCGCGCUAAACCAGCGCCACCCCGCGCUCAGCCAGGCCCGCCCUCGCGCUAAACCAGGACCACGCCGCGCUCAGCCAGCACAGCCCCGCGCUAAACCAGAUCCGCCCCGCGCUCAGCCAACACCACCCCGCGCUAAGCCAGGACCGCCCCGCGCUAAGCCAGGACCGCCCCGCGCUCAGCCAGCACCGCCCGGCGCUAAACCAGCACAGCCCCGCGCUAAACCAGAUCCGCCCCGCGCUCAGCCAGCACCAUCCUGCGCUCUGGCAGCACAGCCCACGCUAAACCAGAUCCGCCCCGCGCUCAACCAGGCCUGCCCCGCGCACAGUCAGGACAGCCCUUUACCGACCUCCCCGCGCUCAGCCAGCGCCGCCCCGCUAUCAACCAGCACCACCCCACGCUCAGCCAGGCCCGCCCUUUGCUGUCAGGCCCGCCCCGCGCUAAACCAGGACCACCCCGCGCUCAGCCAGCACCGCCCCGCGCUAAACCAGAUCCGCCCCGCGUUCAACCAGGACCGCCCCGCGCUCAGCCAGCACCGCCCCGCGCUCAACCAAAUCCACCCCGCGCUCAAUCAGAUCUGCCCUGCGCUCAGCCAGGACCGUCCCGCGCUCAGCCAACCCCGCCCCCGCGCUAAACCAGCACCGCCCCGCGUUCAAACAGGCCCGCCCCGCGCUCAUUCAGCAGCACCUCGGUGUGGCGUUGGCUCUGGGCCGAGUGUGCGGGGCAGCGUGCGAGCCCUCCACCCCCCGCUCUACCCUAAAUCCACUGAGUUGGGUCCCAGGGGCUGCAUGCAGAGCCGCCCACCUCUCCUGGCCCUGUUAGGAUGCCGAGAGGGGAGAAGCAACUGGGGAGUCCGAGGUUCAGCGCCCAACCCCAGGAAUGCACGCACAUGCCCUUGCCCCCACCCCCUUGCUCCUGCUGCAGCAGAUGCCCACAUCAGCAGCCCUAUAAAUAGAGAUUUAGGGGGCAGGAAAAAGGCAGUGAUGACGGUUGCUGAAAUUAGGAGGAUCAACAGCACUGCAGGCAAAAGAGCUACAGAAAUGGCUAAGGCAUUUGCGACUGGAAACGAAGAUUAUGUCCUUCUGUUGACCUGGAACUCCCCUCACCCCUCCGUACAUGACAGACCAUCAGUCCACCUUUAA